AUGAAUUUUCGACGGAGAAGUCUGUGUUUAUUACCAACUCAAAGAAAAACUCUUCUCUUUUUAUUCGCUCUUUUGGCAAUUGUUAAGAACUGUUCAUCUGAGGGUCAUUGUAUCUGGUAUGGGCAAUGUGGAAAUGGCUACAAUAAUCAACCAACCAAUUGUGUUUAUAAUGGAACAGCUAAGCCACUUAAUGAUUCAGAAGCAUUAAAAAUAUUGGAAAAUUUUUGUCCGGAGCUUUAUAAAGGCCCCAACACUGUAACAUGUUGCAACAAGCAAACACUGCAGAACUUCACUGCUAGUUUAAAUGUAGCUGAACAUAUGCUGGGUCGCUGUCCUUCUUGUUACCACAACUUCCGAAAUCUCUACUGCGCCUUCACUUGUGAUCCAGUGCAGAUUAUUACUGACCCCGUGAAGCUGUGGUCAGCCCCUGAAAGUCAAGCCCACUUGGAGAAGAAUUAUUAUGAUGAAAAGUUCAGACCCUUCUACCGGACUGAAAUGAUAAUUGUGACAAGACCUGGGAACCAUUCUGAUGUUGUUCAUAAUUUACCACCACCAUCUGUUGGCACGAUGAAUUUUAAUCCAAUAUUUGAUUUGGAUUUUAUGCACCAAGUCCUUGAACUUCAGCAAAAUAUUGCAGGACUUCUGGCUUCUUAUGAAAACAAGACAAUUGGCCUGAAAGACAUUUGUUUUUCCCCUUUGUCACCACAAAAUGACAACUGUACUAUUACAAGUAUCUUCCAAUAUUUUCAAAAUAGUCAUAAAAAUCUUGACACAGUCAACAAGGACAUGUUUUUUGAAUAUGGAAACUACCUUGAUCAUAUCCUUAACUGUGCAACGAAUCCAACUUCUUUUAAUGAAACAUCACUUUUUAUGCCAUGUAUGUCAUCUUAUGGAGGGCCAGUAGAUGCCAAUGUGGCCUUGGGUGGCCUGAAAGAUGGCAAUGUUAAUGACUCCAAUGCCUUCAUUAUUUCCUUCAUUGUAAACAAUCAUAAAGAUGCAAAGGAUAACAAAAUGGCUGAGGCCUGGGAAGCAGAAUACAUUAAAUUUCUCAAAAAUUAUCGCAACCCUAAUGUGACAAUUUCCUUUUCAGCAGAGCGGUCCAUUCAAGAUGAACUGAAUCGAGAAAGUCAAUCUGAUGUUCGCACUAUUCUUGCCAGUUACUUGGUUAUGUUUGCUUAUAUUUUCUUGGCAUUGGGACAACUUCAGAAUGUUGAGACAAUUUUGGUGGACCUGAAAUUUACCCUUGGUUUUGGUGGUGUUGUUAUUGUCUUGCUGUCUGUUAUGAUGUCACUGGGAAUUUUCAGUUAUAUUGGACAGCCUGCAACUCUAAUUAUUAUUGAAGUUGUCCCGUUCCUUGUUUUGGCUGUUGGUGUUGACAAUAUUUUUAUACUUGUACAAACAUUCCAACGAGAUAGUCGAAUUCCAGAAGAAUCAUUAGAAGAACAAAUUGGGCGUGUUGUGGGCAAAAUUGGGCCCAGUAUGCUGUUGACAAGUUUGUCUGAAUCUGUUGCAUUCUUCCUUGGUGCUCUGACUCCAAUGCCUGCUGUGAAAAUGUUCUCCCUUUAUGCAGGAAUGGCGGUAUUCUGCAACUUUUUUCUACAAAUUACUUGCUUUGUAGGUCUCAUGACAAUGGAUGCCAAACGACAAGAGAAAAAUCGAUUUGACAUUUGUUGUUGCAUCAAACUGAAAGACAAGAAUGAAGAAACUCAUGAAGGCUGCUUGUUCUCUCUCGUCAAAAACUAUUAUGCUCGAUUUAUCACCAAGAACUGGGUUCGCCCUAUUGUGAUUGUUAUAUUUGCCUUUUGGUUCUGUUUAUCUGGUGCCUUGAUGAUGCAUGUGGAUAUUGGUCUUGAUCAAAGUCUCUCUAUGCCUCAGGAUUCCUAUGUGUUGCAGUAUUUCCAUAAUUUAUCUGAAUAUUUAUCAGUUGGGCCUCCUGUUUACUUUGUUGUUGAAGAUGGCCACAAUUAUUCGACAUUAAAAGGCCAGAAUGAAGUGUGUGGCACUAGUGGAUGCAAACCGGACUCUUUAGAAGGACAAAUUUUUAUGGCAUCAUUGCAAAAGAACUAUUCUCGUAUUGCCAAGAAUCCUUCUUCAUGGAUUGAUGACUAUUUGGAUUGGAUCACACCUGCUUCUAAGAAAUCAUGUUGUCGUUACUACAAAUCCACUGGCAAGUUCUGUAAUUCUACAGUAAGGGAUCCAGAUUGUGUACCAUGUCAAGUAAAAAUGAACUUUGGACGUCCAGAUGCCAAUUCAUUCAUGAAGUUUUUGCCAUGGUUCCUUGAGGACAAUCCAUCUGUUGAUUGUUCAAAAGGUGGUCAUCCAGCCUAUGGUGAUGCAGUAAAUCUCCUAACAGAAGAUAAUGUGACUCGCAUUGCAGCUUCUUACUUUAUGACUUACCAUACUGUGUUGAAGACAUCCUCUGAUUAUAUUGAAGCAUAUAAACAUGCACGAGAAAUUGCUGCCAAUAUCACCAAAUCAAUGGAUACAAAAGGGCAGUACAAGGUGUUUCCCUACAGUAUAUUCUAUGUGUUUUACGAGCAAUACCUCACCAUUGUUCAUGACUCGAUUGUCAACAUUGGCAUUUGUUUAGCAGCCAUCUUUUUGAUGACUUUCAUCCUUCUGGGAUUUGACAUCCAUUCGGCAAUCCUUGUUGUCUUUACAAUUAUGAUGAUUUUGGUGGACCUCCUAGGAAUGAUGUAUAUGUGGGAUAUUUCAUUUAAUGCUCUCUCACUUGUCAACCUUGUUAUGGCCAUUGGUAUUUCUGUUGAAUUCUGCUCUCAUAUUGCCCGUGAGUUUGCCUUCUCUUCUGAGGGAACCAGAGUUGACCGUGCUCGAUUUGCAACUGCUUACAUGGGCAGUUCGGUACUGAGUGGCAUUACACUGACCAAACUUGGUGGUAUUGUUGUUCUUGCUUUCUCCAAGUCUCAAAUUUUCCAAAUCUUCUAUUUCCGACUUUAUUUCGGAAUUGUCGUCUUUGGAGCAGCUCAUGGCCUCAUGUUCCUUCCUGUUUUACUGAGUUACGUUGGUGAGUUAAUGUUUCUUUUUUAUAAUAACUCUUUCUAUAUAACGCAUAUGUUAGAAUAG